AUGGCUUCAGCUUUCGAGUCCCCAUUCAAACCCCCACCAAUCGUCGAAUGCAUCUCUGGAUCUCAUUGUCUCGGCAUCGGCAAGAAAAUCCACAAUACAGACCGGGUUUGUGCUGACUGUCUUCAACGGCACGAUCCACAGCAACUGCGCGUGUGGACUAACCCAAACACUGCUGCCUCACUACUUGUCGACGAAGAAGCUACUCGCAAACAAGUCUUGAAACGCAACAUCGAAGCUCGCGGUCGCUAUCUCUGUGCCUUUGAAGAUCCGGAUUUCCAACACUGUAGGUGGCGACUAUACGACUUGAAUCUUCGCGGCACUCGACUGGACUGUCCAUCCGUCCGCAAAAAAGGUGCUGCCUGUUCCAGGUGCUGGAGAAGACGUUUACGGAAGAUCAGAAUCGCACAGUACUUCACGCCGACUGGGCUAUGUCAUGAAGAAGCGAACAAGUUGGCGAUAAGGUCGGCAGGUUCGGAGGAGGGUAUUGAACUGCACCAGGAAAAGAACUGUGUACCGCUAUAUAGCCUGCUUGUCAUGCUAGCACCACCUCCAAAGCCUCACUGCGCGUUCGGUACUGCUUGCGGCUCACGUUCGGGAGGACAAGAUCAAGGACCAGAUAUAUGUUCUUGGUGUAAGAACAUGAGCUUCGAUGCCUUGUAUAAGCAAGCCGAAGCACAUGCGAACACACGAUUGCUCAAGCAUCUUAUCGACAUGUAUAUGCACCAGCUUGAGCGCGACAGCUCCGAACGCAUCAGAAAAGGCUGGGCCUGUCUCUGUGCCUGUAAAGACCCAGAGUAUCGCUUCUCAGCAUGGCGUUGCGACUUCAAUCCCCAGGACUCCCGCCUCUGCGGUACUGUGCGCCAUCGUGGCCAGCUAUGCGCGCGAUGCUACCGCAAAGCACAAGAGCAGGCCUCUCCAUGGCUUGUCGAAUUUGACGGUGACCGAUUUGGGUUUCCAUGCGUGUUUGAAGACCCACGACUAAGAAGGCCCAUCGACAGCAAUUGGAAGAUCGGACCUAGGAACCAGCAUGGCGAGCCCGAUCCAAGCUGGGAAAAGGACCCAAGGAGAGACGGACGCUGCGAAAGAACGCGAUUCAAAAACCAGCUUUGCCAAAGAUGUUUCAAUCGCAUGUGCGAGAUUCGUGGGUUCGGCCGGUACUUCGAUACGGAGUGGGGCAUACUCCGUGGCAACUACGGUGUGUGA